UUUCUUUAACGCUUUUUUUUUGUGCAUCUUCUUUUUUUUAAUAUUUUUAUAUAUAAAUCAAUUCUUAAUAACAUAUAAAUACAUACAUACAUACAUACCCAUAUAAAUAAAUUUAAUUCAUUGUAAUAAAUAGAGUAAUAUUAUAUUAUGGAAGAAACUAGUAUAACCUCUCUUGAAAAAAGAGGGGAUUUCAGUAACAAUGGAAAUUUUACAACAUCAGAAGGACUUGUCACCACAGAAAAAGUAGAUGAUUUUCUUAGCCAAACUCAUGAAGAAGAUUCAUAUGAAGAUAUAGAGAAAUCAUCUGGAGUAUAUGUUGAAGAUGAAGAAGAUUCUCCUAUCGAAGAAGUUCGCGCUGUAGUAUCAAAUAAAGAUGAUCCAACACUUCCUGUUUAUACCUUCCGUAUGUGGUUUUUAGGUGUUAUUUUCACUUGUGUAAUCAGUUUUAUCAAUCAAUUCUUUUGGUUCAGAAAAAAUGCUUUAUCUGUAGGUUCUUUUGUCAUCCAAUUGAUUUCCUUUCCUAUAGGAAAACUUCUCGAAAAGGUUAUCCCUAAAUCAAGAUUUUUCAAUCCUGGACCAUUCAACAUAAAAGAACAUAUUUUAAUCACCACCAUGGCUGGUACCUCUGCUUCUACUGCUUAUGCUGUAGACAUCUUCACAAUUCAACGUCUUUUCUAUGGCCAAAACCUUGGUUGGGGUGGCGGUCUUUUGUUGAUCAUGACAACUCAAUUUAUUGGUUAUGGUUUGGCCGGUAUACUUCGUCCUUAUUUAGUAUAUCCCUCUGCCAUGGUUUGGCCUGGUAACUUGGCUAGUAUCUCUCUUUUCCGUUCCUUUCAUGAACCCGCUAAUAACUGGUCUGGUCCUAGUCGUAUGAAAUGGUUCAUUUAUUGCUUCAUUGGUAUGUUUAUUUACUACUGGCUUCCUGGUUACUUUUUCCAAAUCUUGACCUUCUUCUCAUGGGUUUGCUGGAUUAGACCCUCAAGUGUUGUAUUGUCUCAAAUUACUGGAUCUUAUAGUGGUCUUGGCGUUUUAGCCGUGUCCUUCGAUUGGGCUACUAUUACUUCUUAUCUCGGUUCACCUAACAUUGUUCCCCUCUUUGCUAUUUUGAACAUUGGCUUUGGUUUUGUGAUGGUUGCUUGGAUUAUUAUGCCCAUCUUGUAUUAUACUGAUGUUUGGGAAGCCAAGAAGUUCCCUAUUCUUACCCCUACCCUUUACAACAAUGAGGGUGAAGUAUGGGACAACUCAUUAGUUUUGAACAGCGAUAGAUUCUUAGAUCCUGAGCUCUAUGAAAAAUAUGGUCCUCUUCGUAUGUCUACUUUCUUUGCUCUUGCUUAUGGUAUCAGUUUCGCUGGUAUUACGAGUGUUAUUGUACAUACUAUCCUGUAUCACGGCAAAGAAAUUAUUGAGCAAUGGAAGAAGUCCCGUAAUCAAGAAGAUGAAGAUAUUCAUCACAAAUUGAUGCGUGUUUAUCCUGAAGUUCCUCAAUGGUGGUAUAUUACUGUCUUUAUCCUCUCCUUUGGUGCUUCAUUUGGUCUUAUCUAUCACUGGCCCAUCGGUCUCCCCUGGUGGGGCCUUAUUCUUGCACUCGCUAUUUCAAUGAUCUUCGUGCUUCCAAUCGGUAUCAUUACCGCCAUUACAAAUCAGACACCGGGUAUUAAUGUGAUUACUGAAUUUAUCAUUGGUUUUGCACUUCCUGGUCAUCCUAUUGCUAAUGUCACCUUCAAGACUUAUGGUUAUAUCUCUAUGAUUCAAUGUCUUACCUUUGUCAGCGAUUUAAAGCUUGGCCACUAUACCAAGAUUCCCCCAAGGGCCAUGUUCUGGGUACAAACUAUUGGUACUGCUAUCGCUGGUGUUAUUAACUUGGGCACUGCUAUCUGGCUUAUGGAUUCUGUUGAUAAUAUCUGUACUGUUAAAGCAUACCCUUUCACUUGUCCUAGCGCUCGUACCUUCUAUUCAGCUUCUAUUAUCUGGGGUACCAUUGGUCCUGCCAGAAUGUUUGGUAUUGGAUCCAUGUAUAGCUCCAUGCUCUGGUUCUUUAUCAUCGGUCUCUUCAUUCCUAUUCCUUUCUGGUUGUAUUCAAGAAAAUAUCCUAACAGUUGGGUCCGAUAUGUUCACUGGCCAUUGAUCUUUGGUUCCAUCGGUAUGAUGCCUCCUGCUGUUCCUCUCAAUUUCUCCAUGUGGUUCCUUGCUGGUGUCUUCUUUAUGUACUAUCUUCGUAAAUAUCAUAGAGACUGGUGGACAAAGUACAAUUACAUUACAUCCGCCGCCUUUAAUUCCGGUGUUGCCAUUUGUGGUAUUGUCAUCUUUGGUGUUUCAGAAGGUACCAACUGGCAAGCUAAUUGGUGGGGUAAUGGUGGUAUUGGCGGUUCAUUUGAUAACUGUCCAUUAUCAGCUGGUAACUACUCAGGCAUCGUUACUUAGAAGAAAAAAAAAAGAAAACAAGAAAAAAAAAAUUUCCCCCUCCUCCCUUUUUUUUUUUCACUGUACAGUUAUGUAUCAUAUUUUGUAAUUUUAUUUAUUUUCUUUUUCUUUUCCUUUUCCUUUUUUUCCUUUUCUUUAUAUACAUAUUACCAUUAUUGAAUAUUUAAUAAUAUAUUGAUUUAUAAAUAAAUAAAUAAAUAAUAUUUAUUGAAGUACAUUA